GCAGCUUAAAACCGGAGUGGGGAUUUGAGGAAAACUACACUGAAUCACCCAGUUCCUUCCCAGGAUCAUCUGGACAGUGCACCACUCUACAAUGGAGUCUUCCAAAAGUGAUGAUUCUGAAUUCUUUACCAGAGUCCAUGGAAUUCCAAUGUAUAAUGAUUUUGUCAAAUAUUGGGAUGAUGUAGAGGCAUUCCAGGCGAGACCAGAUGACACUGUCAUUGCCAGCUUUCCCAAAUCUGGCACGACCUGGGUGAGUGAAAUUGUAGACAUGAUAUUUAAAGAGGGUGAUGUGGAAAAGUGCAAAAAAGAUGCCAUUUUUAAUCGAAUACCUUUCCUGGAAAGCAGAAAAGAAGAGAUGAUGAAUGGAGUAAAACAAUUAAAAGAGAUGGCAUCACCUAGAAUCGUGAAGACUCAUCUGUCAGUGAAGCUUCUUCCAACCUCGUUUUGGGAGAAGAACUGUAAGAUGAUCUAUGUAUGCCGGAAUGCCAAGGAUGUGGCUGUUUCUUUUUAUUAUUUCUUUCAAAUGGCAGCUGGUCAUCCAGAUCCUGGAACGUUUACAGAGUUUGUGGAGAAAUUCAUGGAGGGACAAGUUCCUUAUGGUCCCUGGUAUGAACAUGCAAAAUCUUGGUGGGAAAUGAGAAAGAAUCCACAUGUGCUAUUUCUUUUCUACGAAGACCUGAAGGAGGAUAUUGAAAGAGAGGUGCUAAAAUUGAUACAAUUUCUAGGAAGGAAGCCCUCAAGGGAGCUUGUGGACAAGAUUGUACAGCAUACUUCAUUCCAAGAGAUGAAAAACAAUCCAUCUACCAAUUACACAACACUGCCAGAUUACAUCAUGAAUCAUAAAAUAACUCCCUUCAUGAGAAAGGGGAUUACAGGAGACUGGAAAAAUCACUUCACAGUUGCCCUGAAUGAAAAAUUUGAUAUGCACUAUGAGCAGCAAAUGAAGGGGUCUACACUGAAAUUACGAACUGAGGUCUAAGAAAGGUGUUCCUAACAUGCACGGUCUGGCACAAAUACCACCCUUGUUUUAUUACAAAAUAUUUUUAUUACAAGAUCAUAAGCAUGUAUUUCGGUAACAUAGCGUUGUCACACUCAAGCACACCAUGUGAAAUUUUAGGUAAAAUACUCAAAUGAAAACUAGAAAUCAUUACACCCAUAUUAUUACCCUACCAACCACACACAAACAGGUGUUGACUUGUGCCCGACCUGGUAUUAGAGAUUAAGCCUUUCUUCUCACCACUUCUCAACUUUUUUUUUGUAUUACAUUAGAAGGAGUCAUGUGAAAGGUUAUAGUCAGGUUCAUGUGAUUAUUCAGAUCUCGAUAUAAGGACACGAAUGAAUUUUCAUGAUAUUACCUUUUUAUUUUGUUCUUUUUCUUCUUCUCCUUGUUGUUCUUCUUUUGCAAAUAUUACACAAAGCUGUAAUCGCUGGGAAUGAUGUAGAACACCCAUGUAGUUUAACUUAGGAGCUCAUUAAAGCUAAACGAACAUUCCAAUGUUUUAAUGCUAGCUUUUUUCCUGUUUAGUAGUAAUUUUAGUAUAUGCAUAAACUUUGAAAAUCAUGGGAGAAAUAACUAAAAAAUAAAUAAGUAAAUUCAGAGGCAUAAUUACACCUAUUAUUUUCUUCCUGAUUCUUUUCAUUUUCUGCAAAAUGGCUUAAUUUAGGGUUUCCCUUAUUCUAAUGUAAAUUUGGGCUAUAUCUGAAUUGAUCAUAUGUCUAAAAAUACUUCUGAUAAGUGUUAUUUACACUUGAAUGUCAUAUAUAAAAUGUAAUGAAUUUACAUUCUGUGAACUAAAGGUUUGAAAAUACAGUAUUAGCCAAUAAAACAAAACAAAA